AUGGGGAACGCCGCAGAUCGGCCCUCGCGGGCUGAGUACGGGCAGGCGACACCGGGCCGGCGCGGGUGGGGCGGGUCGCCCGCGGGUGCGGAGGGCGAGAAGGCUCCAUCUGCGCCCCCCGCCGGCGGUGCAGGCUCCGGCAGGCUCGGAGACCCUGUGGGCUCAGGGCCCGCCGGCGGCGGGCCGCGAGGGGCGAAGGGCAAGCGGAAGUCGAGCUCGCACAAGGGCAAGGGACACGCGCUCAUUGAAGUGCCGCGCGGGAUCUUUUCUCUCCUCGUCAACAUUCUCAUGUAUGCGCUUCAGCAGUUCAUGCUUCUCUACGUCAUCAUCUCUAAGACGCGCUCUUGGCUCGGCCUCCUCUUCCUUAUCUGGGAUAUUCCGCUACUCUUGUAUAUGUGCUACUCCAUCAAGGCGGACACGACGGCGGACUCGUGUACGAGUUCGCGGCGCUGCGCAGUCCAGUGGAUGACUUACACCAUCACGGUCGCCGUGAAGAUGGCGGCCGUCGCCUUCGUGCCCAGUGCGUACUCGGACUCGAGCGUGGCGCUGCUCAACUACACCAAAAACGCUGUAGAGGCCUUUGGGGAGAUGGAGGCCGCCACGCAGGCGCGCCACCCGCCCAUCGCCUACUUCGAGGAGGACAUGAGCGUCAGAACUGCCGGCCUCGCGAACCUUGUCUUCAGCAACAACCCGCACUUCGUCAGUCAGCUAGUCCAGGUCGGCGAGAGUGCAGACAACUUCCUUGUUUACGUCGGGAUCUGCCUUCUGCCGGUCAUCUACGUGGUAUUCACGGCGCGGGCGAAGGAGGCGAUGUACCCGACGAUCAACCAGCUCGUCUCCGUGGAGGGCCUCCUCCACGCAGACCUGGGAGUUGCGUUGACCUUGGACAUGCUUGAUAUCGUGGUCAUGUUCAGAGACUCAUUUAGCCGGUACAGCAACGCGCGCUGGUGGGGGGGCGAUCCAGUCAUGAAGUGGAUUUGCUUCGCCAUGGUGAUUCUCACGAUCGUCGGCGUCAUUUGUCUGGGGUUUGCCUUCCCGACGCGCUCGAUCGACAGCCGGGCGAUCACGUCGCUCUCGCAGACGGACAUGUUUGUCUCGGCCAAGUACGCCUUUCUCGUCGGGUUGUUCAUCGUGGAUAUACCCUUUUUGGCGCUGCGGAUUUACUGGAUCGUCGCGACGGACACCAUCUCGUUCUUCAUGUUCAAAAACGUCUACUCGCUGCUCACGCGGCCGCUUCGGCUGAAUCAGUGCCGACUCGCAGAGCGCGAGAAAGCCAAGGGCACGCAGAAAACCUUCUACGACCAGGACGUGCUGCCUGAGUAUCGCGAAGAAGAGGAGAGCGAGGAAGCGGAAGAAGAGGAAGAAGAGACGGACGACGAACUGCAGGAAGAAGACGAAGCGAUGGUGCCCACGUGUCUCCCGCCGGGGCCCUCAGCCCUCGGGGGCUCUGUCUCGGGGCCUGUGCCCACCAGUCCAGCGCUCGCGCAGUCUCCCUACUACGACCCGCUCUACGGCAACGCUCCUGGCCAGGCCCCGCCCCACAUGGGCCUUCCCUACGGGCGAGGAGGCCCCGGGCCGGGGGCCGGCGGGUCACUGAGCGGGCCAGGCAUGCCCCCCCAUGCCGGGGGGAGCGGGGGGGGGGAGCCGGGCUCGGAACCGCCAGCGCGUACCUUCGCCGCGCGCCGAGCUACGACGGGCCCGGCUGGACUGGAGGCGGAAGUUCUCCUUUCCCCGAAGGCGCGGGCGUGGCGAGAGGCCUAA